CUGAUUCUCAAACUCCAAUGGUUUAGAAUCAGUUAUUUCAAUUCAAACUUCAGAGCUGCCGGUAGCAGAGGCAUUGAAAUCAUUGUGAAUUUUCACCAGUGUACUAAAAGAAAUGUUGGAUCUGAAACCUCUCAACUGGAUAAACAUAUUUGUCUUGGUGAUGUGAACAUUGCAACCGGCUUGGGGGUUUACACACCAAUUGGUCGACUUGGCAUUCGUCGUGAUUUCGACCUUGCUUUGGGAGGAUCGGGAAGAAGUGGCGGACGCAGUUUUGGGUUCGGUAACGGCUAUCAGCAACUUGUUGGUUCUGUGCCUUGGGCAUAA